ACCUAGGUUUACUGAGCGUUCGGUUGCCAACGGCAGCGGAGAUAUACGGUGGCCAAAGCAGCUUGAGGUCCGACAAUUUGAUCGGACUUAUAACUGAUCGACAGUCAACCAACCCUUCGGUAUCCUACCUUGCUAUCUUUUCACCUGGCGGUUGUGCAUAGUCAUUGUCAUUGAGACUGUAUUCUGCGUGCUCCACUGCAAAUAUGGCGUCAGCUCCAGCCGGAAAGGAGAGUGUACAGGAGGUCAAGCCUGUCAAUAACACACAAGACCUAGAUAGCUAUGCAAAGGCAAGCCAGCGAGAUGAAGAUGGCUCGACUAUCUCCAGCCCAAAGAUAACUUUCAAGACCAAAAUGGCCCUUCUUUCCUUGAUCAUGAUGUACGAGUCGUAUCUCUUCACAUUGAUUAUGCCUGCUGCUGUCCUGGCGUAUAUCAAUGCCGAUCUUGGACCCGACCCAAAGUAUCCUUGGAUCACUGUAACCUGGAACUUGGGUGCCGCAGUCAUUGUCACAGUUGGAGGUCGUCUCGCCGACAUCUUCGGGCGUCGUUGGUUUCUCCUCACCGGUGCAACGGCAGCAACCAUCGGGGCCCUCGUUGGUGCCACAGGCCAAUCAAUCAAUCAAAUGAUCGUCGCAGGUGUCCUUUUCGGUUUCGGUGGCGGUUUUCAAGAGAUGUGUUUUGCGUGCGCACAGGAGUUGGUCCCUAACCGAUACCGCUUUGCUACUUUGGGCGCUAUGGUCUUCGCGAACCAUGUUAGCAGCUUUGGUCCGCUCAUUUCAUACGCCUUCAUCAAAUAUAGUCCGAUCGGCUGGAGAGCAUGCUAUUGGUUUUGCUUCGCUUGGGAGGCAGCGACCGCAAUCAUGCUGUUUUUCUUCUAUAACCCACCAACCUUUGAGACCAAGCACGUUGACGACCAGAAGACAAAAUGGCAGUUGAUUAAGGAGAUGGAUCAUUUCGGAUUAUGGCUGUUUACGGGAGGUUGUCUCCUGCUACUUCUCGGAUUGAAUUGGGGAGGUGUUUCGUAUCCGUGGGCAAGCGCUCACGUCAUCGCUCCGAUCGUGGUUGCUUUUGUAUGUUUUGUCGGCCUUGGAUUUUGGGAAGUAUAUGGGAAUUUGAAGUAUCCAAUCUUGCCCCCCAAGCUGUUCAAGAAAUGGCGCGAGUUCACCUCUCUUCUUGUGGUAUGCUUCGUCGCUGGUAUGCUUUACUAUAGCAUGAACGUCCUAUGGCCCCGUCAAUCCGCUCUGCUUUUUGUUCCGGCAGACGACACCAUCAUUCGUGGCGUAUACGCCAACAUGGUUUCCUUCGGAACCAUCAUCGCCGGCUGGUAUUGCAUGUGCGUCAUGCCCUGGAUCGGCCACGAACGUCUCCAACUCACGUUCUUCAUCAUUGCGCAGACAGCGCUCAUUGGAUCAAUGGCGAGCAUCGGUAUCAACGACAAAGCUCAGGCAAUUGCGACUGUUGUCACCGUGGCUGCGUGUAAUUUGCCGCCUAGCCCGCUCAGUUUCGGUAUGGUCAGUUUGGGUUUGGAAGACCAGUCAGACAUUGGUGUCGCAGUAGGCUUGAUCUCGACGUUCAGGUUGAUUGGUGGUGCUGUUGCUACGAGCAUCUACGUCUCUAUUUACACCUCUCGAUAUGCUAACAGCAUUCCUGGAGUAUUGAAGCGCAUGGUAGCAAAUACCGGAUUCAGCGGCUCGUUCCCAGAUUUGCUCAAGGCCACGGCUUUGAACACCCCAGCGUCGUAUGCGAAGGUUGCGGGCAUUAACCCAGAGACUGUCCAGGCGGCAAGGCAAGCGAUAAAGAUUUCUUACGUCGGUGCUUUCAAGGUUGUGUAUCUUGUUGCUAUUGCUUUUGGUGUUGUUGCCAUCCUGAGUGCACUGAGCACGCGAUCAGUGGAGAAGAGCAACAAGAGUAAUGCUCAAGCUGUGCAGCUCGAGACCGAGAAGAAAGAAGGCGAGGUAUGAUUGAUUGCCAUUAAGAAGCGCACAAAGAAGGUCACGGAGAAUUUAGUCGAGAUGUUGAACAGUUUCCAUUAACUGGUGAAGCUCAAGAUGCUUGAAGUAUAGCGAUAAGACU